UUACAAGAAAAAAUGAUAAUGUUAAAUGUGAAGGGUGAGAGAAAAAUAAUGUUCUUUUCACAACAACCAUCUGUUGCUGUUGGUUGCCAGUGAUUUGGACUUGAAAGCGCCCAUCUUUUCAUGUCCAUUGACAUUGAUAGUUGAUACAUCACUUGGCUUGUUCAUGUCUUCUUUUGACUCUCUCUUUCUCUGCUCUUUUUCUCUUCCUCUUCCUCUUCCUCUUUCUUCAUCUUUGUCAAGCACUGUGUUUAAGUCUUACUUCAAACCAUAAACUUACUCAGUCACCACACCCCUCACACACACACAUUCAUAGAAAGAUGGAGUCUUUGGUUGCUGAAACAGCCAAGAAGAAAGCAAUGUGGUUGUAUCCAAAGGUUUUGGGUUAUAAUCCUUCUGAAAGAUGGGGGCACUCUGCUUGUUUCUCUGGGGGGCUUAUGUAUGUCUUUGGGGGCUGUUGUGGAGGGCUGCAUUUCGGAGAUGUUCUGUGUUUGGACCUUGUGAAAAUGAAUUGGAGCAAGCUUGGGACCACGGGUGAAAAGCCAGGUCCUAGAGAUAGCCAUGGUGCUGUUCUUGUAGGGCAUAAAAUGAUAGUUUUCGGUGGCACCAAUGGGUUAAAGAAGGUGAAUGACACUCAUAUAUUGGACCUUGUUACCAAAGAGUGGAUUCGUCCUAAAUGUGAAGGGACUCCUCCUUCACCAAGGGAAAGUCACACUGCUACUCUAGUUGGUGAUGAAAGAGUAGUGAUUUUUGGUGGCAGUGGUGAAGGUGACGGAAACUAUUUAAAUGAUUUGCAUGUUCUAGACCUUCGAACCAUGAGGUGGACUUCUCCUCAGGUAAAAGGCGAUUUGCCUGUCCCUAGGGACAGUCACAGCACUCUUGCAAUCGGGAACAGGCUUUUUGUGUAUGGUGGAGACUGUGGUGAUCAGUAUCAGGGCGAUGUUAAUGUGCUUGACAUGGACACGAUGACUUGGUCAAGGUUGAAAAUUCAAGGAUCUUCUCCAGGAGUCAGGGCAGGUCAUGCUGCUGUGAGCAUUGGUACAAAGGUCUACAUCAUUGGAGGGGUGGGAGAUAAACGUUAUUACAACGACAUAUGGGUGUUUGACAUCUGCACCUGUUCGUGGGCUCAGCUUGAUUUUCGUGGUCAACCGCCACAGGGGCGAUUUUCUCACACAGCUGUUGUGGCAGACAUGGAUAUUGCCAUAUAUGGCGGGUGUGGGGAAGACGAACGUCCUUUGAACGAGUUGCUAGUGUUGCAUCUUGGAGCAGAGCAUCCGAAUGGACGUUACAACAUUUCCAUGUGCAAAGUUUUUGGAACUUAUUGGAAUCAAGAAAAGAGGAUCAUGCCUAGAGGAACUGAUACCAACUCGACAACUCCAUGGCCGGAAAACCAUAUGGAAGCCAUAGGAAAAUGGGCUAAUGAAAUUGUGUUGGAUAGAGUACAACCUUGUAACAUCGAUUCAGGCAGUUCACAACACAAGAGGAAGAGAAUCGGUGUGGCAAAGGCGUGGGAUGUUGAAUCAGAACAAGAAGAACAUUCUCUUUCACUGUCCCAGCAUUCAUCUCCUUCUCAAUCUGAUCAAGAACAGACUCCAGCUCAAAAAGCAAAUGUUUCCAUCAUGGAUUCUCAGAGGUAUCAAUGGUUCAAACAGAUGAAUAAAAGUCCAAGCUAUUGCCAGCUCGACAAUGACUCAAGUAACACCACAUUUUUUAAGAAUCUCACACAGAGAAGUGUCCCUCCCAUGAAACAUCAACCAAAACAAGAGCAGUAUGUUCACAUUGAUGAUGAUAGAAAAGUACCUCGACACACUCAACACCUGAUCGGUGCUGAAGUUCGGGGAAAAGUUGAUGGAGCCUUUGAUUCAGGUUUACUCAUGACUGCAGUAGUUAAUGGAAGAGUUUUCAGAGGAGUCUUAUUUGCACCAGAUUCGCAGCAAGUAACAGAGCCAUGCCAUGGCUUCAGGCAACCUGUGGUAGCUCAAGCAUCAUCAGCAAUGAUGAGAGGCCCAACUUCUGCAUCUUUAGCCAAAGAGCAUGAAAUGAGGAGCGACCUUCAAGGCUUGGUUUUGACUCUUGGAGGGCCUGCAAGUGCUAACCAUGCUUCAUCCUAGGAUCAAUUCUUCGCCUGGCUAAUAAGCUUCCAUGUAAAUUUAGGAAAUAAUCCUUUCUUCUUCAAUCAACCUUUUCUUAUGUGUAAUAGCAUUUCCUAACUUAUAUCUAUAUUUA